UAAAAACACAUGUGAUGGUCCAAUAGAUCACAAAACUCGAUCAUCCCUCUCUGAAAGAGUUCGAAAUCAUUUACUCCACAUUAUUAGUACAUUAAAAAAAAAAAUCGACAUGAAAUAUCUAUUCGUAGUCGCCUUCCUCGCCUUGGCCAUCCAAUUAGCCUCGACAGCUACAACCAGUGAUGCCACCACAACAACCACCGCCGCAACAACGACAACUACAACGACAACGACGGAUUCUUCUACAACAACAACCACCGAAUCGUCCUCCACUGGAACGAAGCGCUGCUCCAAGAGCAACAACUGGUGUGGCACGUUCAGGCCCAAGAAGAAGUGCAAGCACCCCAAGAAGUGUCACAAGACCAUCGUGAGGGUGACCCACAGGAAGGGCUGAAUCUUAACACUCUGAUAUCAAAUAAAAACCUUUAAACCGAAA